AUAAGUUUCAAAUGUUGUCAUUCACUCGUCUUCUCUCACUUGUUUUGUAAAUAAAAAACAUUGUUCACCGGAGAUUCUAUAGUGGCAGUGUGAUACUAAAUUGUUAUUAAAAAAUCGCGAAAGUAUUAUAAAGAUAAUUUCCUGGAAAACAAUUUCUUUUGUCAGGGAAAGUGAGAGUUGUAGGUGAAAUUGUAUAAUUAAAUUAAUAAGAAAGUCGCUGGUAUUUAUAAUUAACAUUAAAUUAUUAAUUUGUUAGUCCAAAAUGAAAUAUUGCUUGGCAUUAUUGUUCUUAUUAAAAAAUAUUCUUGCUGAUCCAACGCCUAUAGUAUUAUGGCACGGAAUGGGAGACACCUGUUGUAUGUCAUUUAGCCUUGGUGGAUUUAAAACUUUCCUAGAAGGUCAGAUACCAGGAGUUUAUGUGUUGUCUUUAAGGAUUGGUAAUUCUACUAUUGAAGACUAUGAAAAUGGAUACUUCAUGAACCCAAACAAACAAGUUGAGUUUGUAUGUGACAAACUCUCAAAGGAUCCAAAGCUACAAAAUGGUUUCAAUGCUAUAGGAUUCUCACAAGGAAGUCAAUUUUUAAGAGCUGUUGUACAGAGAUGUGGACAUAAUCUUGCCCCUAUAAAGAACCUGAUAACUUUGGGCGGACAACACCAAGGUGUUUACGGAAUACCUCAUUGUUUUGCAUUGCAUCACGAAACCUGUGAUUAUAUCCGAAAACUUCUUAACUUUGCCGCAUAUUAUAGUUGGGUCCAAAAAUCUCUCGUGCAAGCUACAUACUGGCACGAUCCUUUGGACAAUGAUAAAUAUAUUAAAAACAGUCAAUUCCUAGCCGACAUCAACAACGAGCUGAUAAUAAAUAACACGUACAUAGAUAAUUUGAAUAAGUUAGAACACUUCGUUAUGGUUAUGUUCAAUAACGACAGCGUCGUGCAGCCGAGAGAGACGGAGUGGUUCGGCUUCUACGAGGUCGGCCAGGCGAAGAAGUUGGUGACGUUACAGGAGACAGAUUUAUAUAAACAGGAUCGCUUGGGUUUAAAGACGAUGGACGAAGCUGGUAAACUAGUUUUCCUCUCACAGCCGGGCGAUCACUUGAAGUUCUCACAAGAAUGGUUUAUAGAUAACAUUCUUAAACCAUAUCUGGUGUGAGAUAAGACUGACCGCAUUAAGGCUAUCUACAAACGACUUUAUUUAACCGGUUAAGAAUUAUUUUUAUCUACAUGUUACAAAAAUAAAUAAUCAUAUAAAAUGUUUGUUA